AUGCACAAGAGUCGCUUGGGAGAUCUGGUGAUCGAUUGCCAGGGAGGAAAUAUUGACGACCAUGCCGCAUUCUGGGCGGGUGCUCUCGGCAGAACCGUAGAGGAGAAACCGAAAAGUCCGCGUUAUCGCCGCCUCUAUGGCAAGGAGGGUGAAAUCGGCAUCUUGUUGCAACUGGUCGAACACGCACCGCGCGUUCACCUGGAUAUCGAAGCAGACAAUCCCGACAGGGAGGUCGAGCGGCUCGAAACGCUUGGCGCAACGAUUGUCAGCAAGCUGGAUCGCUGGACGGUGAUGCAGGCCACCAGCGGGCAUCGUUUCUGCGUGGUCCAUCCGCAAUUGCCCGGGUUCGAGGAUGCGGCAACCGAGUGGGACACCUGA